AUGGCCACGACGACGAGUAACGAGAACCACCUGCUGCUGGAGCUGAACGGCGGCGAGGCCUGCAAGACGUACCUCAUCGCCGACCGGCAGCGGCGGAAGGCGGCGCUGCUGGACCCGCUCAAGCAGAACAUCCCCAAGUACCUGGGCGUGCUGGCCUACCACCAGCUCCAGCUCGAGUACAUCUUCGACUCCCACUCCCACGCCGACCACUUCACCGCCGGGUUCGAGCUGGCGAUGUUGACCGAGGGCAAGCUGGCCAUGCACGAGAAUGCCCCGGCGCCCAAGGUCAAGGUCCACGUGCGCGACGGCGACGUGCUGCGCGUGGGCGACAUCGAGGUCAAGGUGAUGCACACGCCCGGGCACACGCCGGACAGCAUCGCGCUCUACCUGCCUCGGCUAGGCCACCUCUACUCGGGCGACACGCUCAUGAUCGGCGGCACCGGGCGCACCGACUUUGCGGGCGGUGACCCCGGGCAGUCGUACGACAGCAUCCAGCGCAUGUUCGCGCUGCCCGAGGACACGGUGCUGUGGCCGGGCCACGACUACCGAGGCAACGUGUCCUCCACGAUCGGCCACGAGAAGCGAACCAACCCCCGCGCCGGCGGCGGGAAGACGCGCGAUGAGUACAUCCACAUCAUGAACAACCUGGGCCUGCCGCUGCCCCAGAAGAUCAUGGAAGCGCUCCAGUGCAAUGUGUCGGCGUCCAACGACACGGCCAUGAAGUUCCCCACCAUCGCCGAGCUCAACGAGAUCCGUCAGCUCGAGCCGAAGCUGGUCAGGCAACUGCUUGCGGAGUCGGACGACAAGCGACCGGUGGUUGUCGACGUGCGGCAGCCUGACGAGGUCGACGGCGAGCUGGGCCACAUUCCAGGCAGCAUCACGCUCCCACUGUCCGAGCUGACCAAGAGGUACCAGGAGCUGGAGCAGUACAAGGGCAGGAACAUCAUCUGCGUGUGCCGCGCGGGCGUGCGCAGCACCACUGCGGCGGCCCUGCUCACCGGCCUGGGCUUCCCCAACAUCCACAACAUGCGCGGCGGCAUGCUGGCGUGGAACCAGAAGGAGUCCGCCACCGCCUGGUCGCUCAAGCAGGACGACAGAAAAGAAAAGGGAGAAGGAAAUUAUUGA